UGAAGCCAUAAUCUGAUAGGCUGCUGCUCACCGUUCGGACUAUGCACCUUUCCGCGUCUUCUUCCUCUCACCCGCAUGAAUUUCCUCCGCCGUUUCAAAACCCUACUUCUCCCCUUUCCCGCCCAAGUUAGCCCUACUCGCCGUCCGACGCCGUUCCUCACUCGCAUCGACUCGUCGCUUGGCCGAGCCAUGAGUUCCGAGUCCACUCACCGCAUCUUCCAGCUCAAGUUCGACCCCCUCACCGGCGAAUCCCAAUGGGUGGUCAUCGAAGAGACGGACGAUGCCGGCGGCGAGGAAUCGUUCGGGGGCUCAAGCGCUUCCUUCCUCGCCACGACGUCGUAUCUUGACAUGCUCAACGACUCCGCCAGGAACCGCGCCUUCCGAGAAGCCAUUGAUAAGACCGUCACAAAACCUUGCCAUGUUCUCGACAUUGGUUCUGGGACCGGAUUGCUGUCGAUGAUGGCGGCGCGAGCUAUGAGCUCCGAUGGCGGUGGUGGGACGGUGACGGCCUGUGAGUCCUAUCUUCCGAUGGCGAAGCUGAUGCGGAAAGUUCUGCACGUUAAUGGCAUGGGGAGGAAUGUUAAUUUGAUCAACAAGCGCUCCGAUGAGCUUCAAAUGGGCGUGGAUAUUCCUUCAAGAGCAGAUGUUCUCGUGAGUGAGAUUCUGGAUUCAGAAUUACUGGGAGAAGGGUUGAUUCCAUCUCUGCAACAUGCUCACGACAAUCUGCUGGUGGAAAAUCCACUGACAGUUCCAUAUCGAGCCACGACUUACGGUCAGCUGGUCGAGAGUUCAUUUAUACAGGAGCUACAUGAUCUGGGGAACAAGGAAGGGCAAGUUUUGGAUGGGAUUCAUCUCGUUCCGAACGGAUUGAGUACAAUUAUACGUCCCAAAUCGCAGCAGUACCCACUGCAUUGUGAUUCUUUAUCUGAGGAAAUAAGAUUGCUGUCAGAACCCUUCAAAAUCUUUGAAUUCGACUUCUGGAGGAGGCCUGAGAGCCAUGGAGAGGCUAAAGUGGUGGUGGAGGCAAUUGAUGAUGGUAGAGCUAAUGGCUUAGUCUCAUGGUGGGUACUUCAGCUUGAUCGCGAAGGCACAAUCUUUUACUCCACUGCACCUAAAUGGAUUGAUCUGCAACUUAACGCAAGAGCUAGCAACUGGUGUGACCACUGGAAGCAGUGCGUGUGGUUCAUUCCAGGUGAAGGCAUACUGGUAUCCAAGGGUGACGAGGUCACUCUGAAUGCCGUCCAUUCCGAGACUAGUGUUUCAUAUCAUUUUGCUUCUACAGAAACUAAUGAGAUCAGACAAUGUGAUUCUUCUGUCACUGGUGAUUUUCACCUCUUGCUGCCCCCGGAAAGAGUCGCUAUUUAUGGUGACAGCAAAUGGAGGUCAGCCAUGUUACGUGCUGUACAGAAUGCUUUGAAAGGAAGAGUUCAACCACUAUGUUUGGUUGCAGAUGAUAGUUUAUUCUUGACACUAGUUGCCACUUGUCUUUCUGAAACAUCUCGAGUGAUGUCAUUGUUUCCUGGGUUGCGAGAUAUGGGUUCCCAAUAUGUCCAAGCCAUUGCCAAGGCAAACGGCAUUACUGCUGGUCGUAUUGAAGUACUUAAAGAUAAGAGAAACAUUGAUAGGCAUGUUUCUGAUCAGAAAAAGGUUGACCUGUUAAUUGGAGAACCAUACUUUCAUGGUAACGAGGGGAUGCUUCCUUGGCAAAACCUGCGGUUUUGGAAUGAUAGAACCAUGCUAGACUCUGUUCUCUCUAAAGAUGCAGACAUUUUACCUUGUAAAGCAUUACUAAAAGCAUGUGCCAUGUCUCUCCCGGACCUCUGGAAUAGCCGUCGCUCUCUAACCAUGAUUGAAGGUUUCGAGCACUCGAUUGCUAAUUCUACUUUAGGGGCAUGUGGCGAACUACCAGCGGCACACGAGGGUCCGCUUCUGCCCUUCUUUAUCUGGCAAUGUGGAGAAAUCAAGAAACUCAGCGAAGCAUUCACCAUAAUGGAGUUCGACUUCACGAAACCGAUAACUUCUUGCAACGGAAAGGCAGAGGUCAGGUUUGUGGAGCCUGGAAUAUGCCAUGGAUACGUGCUGUGGAUAGAUUGGGUUAUGGAUGCAAGCAAUUCAGUGGUGAUCUCCACUGGACCUGAUGAGAGGUGGUGGAAGCAAGGCGUGAAACUGCUGGCGAAGCCAGCGAUGGUGGGAAUCGAUGGAGGGAACCCAGGUGGGUUCUGCUCUUCUGUAGUUGAAGCCGAGUUCGAUUCAUCGACUGGUGAGCUCCUCGUCAAAAAUGAGUUCUUUUGAGGCCUCUGUAGUAGUUUGCCUUGGCCCUUGUAUGCUGCUUUGUAUACAUGUAUCCUUAUUUGCUAGGUGAUAAAAUUGAUUGAUUGAUUACUUGAUUUUGAGAAAUAAACUAUAUUGUAUCUCCAAUGUUGCGUGAAUUAUCCAUAUGAUUCAACCUUUUACAUGAUCCAAGAAGCAUCCCUUCCUGGAGGUGCUUCAGCUACAUGGCAUGGGGUGAACCUAUAAGUAGUUGGCCCAAAUACACCAGGCACAAAGAAUCCUGGUGCCGUACAAGUUCGAAUCCGAGAGAGAAAAGAAGUAUCAACACAAAACAUAUACACAGAGAGAGGCUAUACGAAUUACUGUCUAAGUCAGUACUAGUACGAGAUUACAGAGAGAGGGCAAGAUUAAGAUUAUAUUUCGGUCGGCUGCAGGAAAUCUAUUGCUUUGCAAUGUCGUCGUCGUCGAGGGAGCUGUCUGAGGAACUAGUGUUGGAGAUUAUUUCCGGGACAGGGACAGUGCACGAUGUUGUAAGAUGCAGCAGCCUGCUGUCUAAACGUUGGCGGAAUAUAUGGCGAUCGAUCCCCGGCGAGGUCCUGGAUUUCGACAAGUCGGAUGAGCUACUGUGGGGGCAGAACGAGCUGGUGUUCUGUAUCCAACCUGAAGAACUGC